AGAAGAAGAAAUUCCCUCACUGUGGUCACAGAACGUAAUGGUAACCGGAUCUAACACGACACCAGCCCCAUGCUAACAUGAGCUGCUGAUCGGGUUCUACUAGUCAAGGUUGUUAUCGUGGUUAAUAACGUAACUGGAACGGAUCUCUGCACACGAUGGCAUACAAGGCUACAAAGGCCACAACAGUAUCAUAAAAUGUCUGGAGCAGAGCCCCAUGAACAGCGAAGGACCUCAGCCUUCUCAGCAGGUCCAGUCUAGUUUUUUGUUGAGUGUCCUCCAACCAUGUCCCCGUGUCCCUGGAAGCUCCAGCUGAGUCCAGCAGUGCUUCUCUUCCUCCUCCUCUUCUUCGCUAACUCCUCCCUCACACUGCUUGCAGAACCAGAAUUCCAUCUUCUGAAACAGCUCAACACCACACAAGAAACCAUCUGCUCCACUGGAUGCAACAACGACACUUUGACCAACAAUCCAAACCUGGAGGAUUCUCUGAGGAAUGUCUCUAGCGUUGGGGAGAAGAACCCGUCCUCAGUAUCGGACUUUAACACAAGUCUUACAGGUACUGUGGUUCAGACCUCAGUGGACAGAGGUUCUGAAGGGGAUGAUGAAGUGAAUCCAAACAGAACCGAGCAGGUCCAGUUCUCUCACAACUCUUCUUCACCCAUUAACCUCACCACUGUCAACUCCAGCCUCCUGUUUACUGUGACCACCGUCGCCCCGUCCAAACAGUCUACAGCUGGACCAAUGCUACCAUCCAACCAGCAGUCGGCUCCACCCAAACCUCAGUCCCCAUCAGAACCAGACCCUGGCACUGCAGCUGCUCCAACCUUCACAGCUCCACCCAUUAUCAGCCUGGUUCCACCGACCACUGUACUCCCAUCAACACCGUCCAUGACCCCCACUCUGUCUCCUCCAUCUAUGCUUCCAUCUGCCAAAAGAACCACUACUGGUCCUGCUGCUAUGAUCACCGAAAACAAAACAACGUUGUCCUCGCCUCUAAGAACCACAACGGUAAUGGUUCGGAACACUUCUGUUACCAUGGUAACUGCUAGCAAAGCUGCAGUAACCAGUAACGCCACCUAUGCCACAGUUGCCCCGGCACCAAAGGUUUCUGUGGUGGAAGUUGCGGGUUCUGCUCUGACCCAGCAGCUGGUGGACACAGCAGCUCUGCUGGCCGUCCUUGUCUUCGGCCUGCUCUUUUUCUUCGUCACCGUGGUGGUCUUCAUCAUGCAGGCGUAUGAGAGCUACAGGACCAAGGACUACACCCAGGUGGACUACCUGAUCAAUGGCAUGUACACCGACUCUGGGGUGUGAGGACGGCAACUCGCAGAGCCGGAGACGGGAUCCUGAUGGGAAUGCUCUGGUGAUGGUUCAGAUGGAUGGAUGUUUCCAACACCACACUGGAUCGACAGCAGAACUUGGGUUCUGUCGUCUGUUCUUUUGUCUGUUGUACUUCAGUCACCCAGACAAGCAGCGCUUACUGGGACCACAUGUUCCAGGUUUCCACCAUGAGUCUCCUCCUCCCCAUGGCUCAGUCUGGAGCUCAGUUGUGGAUCGUACCAAAGCACAACAUCAAAAAAUUUCAACUUAUAUCCCUUUAACAGAGAAGUGACACCAUGUUAGGAAAAAGAACUAGUUUCUAAAUCUGAUGUAAAUAAGAUGCGACUUCCACUUUCUGACCAUUAAUUUACGACAGAUUCCACAAAAAAAACAGAAACCCUGAACCUGAAUAGUAAUAAUAAUAAUAAUAAUUAUAAAGAAUGAUAAUUGAAUACAUUGAUUAAAUAAUGAGGAUUAUGAUAAUUAAAAUGCGUGAAGAGCUCAUCGUGUGGUUUUAAUUUAAUACCACUGAUCAGCUGUCAGCUUCUAAAAAUAAUAAUUCACAUUUUGAAUGAGAUUUAAAUGGCUUAAUAAUUCAAAUUAAAUCAGUUUUAAAUUUUUUCUUUUUUUUGUUUCCUUUUGUUUUUGUUCAGUUUUCUUUCUCUCUAUAUGAACUCAGUUCUUCAUCCAUUUUCACACCUGAAUAUUGGAUGAAGGGAUUCCUAUGAAAUGAAGCCUCCAGGAUGGAGCUUUUUUUGCAUAACCGAUGGAAAGAAAAAAUGAAAUGGUCCUUCACUCCAGAGUUCUGCUUCCUCUAACCUCUGGGACCCCGGCUGCUGGGACAGACCCCGGCUGAGCUGCAGGGCGAAUCAGAAAACUCUAAUCAAAGGAAACAAACAGGAGCUCAGAAGAUGUAGUAAUGGAGAAGUUCAUGGACAAUAACCAAACCUAAGAUCUUAAUUGUAUUUCAGUGAUUUAAUCUUUCAGAUUUACUGUUGUGUGACCGUCUGACAUCUCUGAGCAGCAGGUGGGUUCAUCUGGAAAAAUCUGAUAUGUAGAGAUUCACCGUGGAAAGAUUAAUAAUAAUAAAAAAAAAUAAAUUGUAAAUCUAAUGCAGCUUCUGUAAAAGUGCCUGGUACUUCAAACAUGGCUGAUAAUUUCUUCACUCUGAAGUUUUGCAUUCAUCCUCCUCCAGAAGGAUGGUGCUGACGUCGGAGCACGAAGACGUCUGUGUCGUUUCUCUGAAGCUGAUAAGUUCGUCAACAGACUUUGUUCAGAUUCGGAUGGUGAUGCCUUCACUUCCCGCACAAAACCAGUAAAAUAAAUCCAGUCCUUUCAGUAUUUCAACUGUCAGAUGGUUUUCAUCUGCAGCCGCAGGAAAAAUCUUCCUCUUGCAGCUUUUCCUCUGAAACGUGACACAGAGCCUGACUAAAGUCGAACAUUUCUUUAAUUUAUGUAUUUUAAAGAUAAUUUGAGAUUUUCCACUAACGAAUGUUUUGAGUUUGGCAGCUUGAUCAGAAUAAACCCAGUUAAACCAACUAACACUGGCUUGGAGUUCAGUGGUUCCCACAGGAACCGGAAAUGUGGAUGUUUUACUGUUCAUCUUCUUUUCUUCAGUCUUAAUUUCAUCCUGGACUCUUUCUUUCUAGAUAAUCUCAUGUUUAACUAAAAGACUGAAACGUUUCUCUGAUCCAGACGACAUUUCAGCUGAUUUAAGACGUUUUGUCUUCCAUGGGAACAAAGCCAUAUUUUUUGUUUUCUGAAAGAUGAAUGGUGACCUACCUCUGUGACGUUUCAUUGAUCCAUUGAUUUUUAUUUUUCUAUUACAUUAAUUUUCUUUCUCUGAUUGUCUCUGUAUCUCUGAUAAUAUGGGAUUUUGCCAAAAAAAAAAUGGAAGAAUAAAAUAUCCGAAGCACAUUUUGUUUUGAUCAAGCCAAGGGAAAUCUGAAGCCAUGGAGAUGUUUAGAGAAGGAGAGCAGGUUUGAAGGUAGAAGAUGUUUUCAGAUAUUUUUAUCAUGUCUGUAAAAAGCGUUUAAAUGUUAGAAAUGUGGUUUUCUUCCUGAGCCUUGUGUAAGACUGACUUGUGGUCUGCAGUUCUACUGGAACUGGUCUGAACGAGUCUGUCAGGCUGUAUCAAAGUGGUGUUUGUUCUCCUGGUGGCAGUUAAUCUGUUUCCAUGAUCCUGUGGACUGGUCAGACUAUGGAUCACGUUAUGAGAGAUGUCACCUGCCAUGUGCCAACUCGAUAUUGUACUAAUGCACUUUUUGAAAAUAUAUUUUUAUUUUGCAGAAAAGAAAUAAAGAAUAAAAAUGA